GGCACGAAGAAGAAAAUUCUCACCGGAUGUUAGCAGAAGCGGGAGAUUAGAAAACGUAAACAACUUGACGCGUGAAGCAUUUGUUUCGUGCUUAAAUUGUUAGCAAAAUGCUGAAAAAGCCAUCCAAGMUAAAAAGUACUAUUAGGACAAAAGCAAAGGGUAACGUGAAGGUCGGACCCGCGUCAGAAGCGAUGAUUGAGCUGCUGACACUGAUGUACCUGAACAGCCUGGCUGAGGAGGCCAAGGCCAAGGCGUUUGAGGAAAAAUCUGCAACGAUCCGAGGUCAUCACGUUAAAGCGGUCUCCAAGAAAGUACUAAAAAAGUCACGGGGAUGAAGAUGAAAAGGAGCACUAAUCCAGUUGCACUAUUCUUAUUUUUUUGUUCUUAAAUGUACUUUUUGUGUAGAUUUAUUUCUCUCUCUUUCUUGCAAACCACCAGUUUGUACCUAUUUUAUUUUUUGUUUUAUUUUAAUAAAAAAAAUCAAAAAAGUGACUCCGGUUCUUGAACUUUUCAGCCUCAAAGUUAAAUAUAAAAGCUCUCCAAGAUGAACGCAGACCUCACUGUUGCUGCCCAAAGCUGGUAUUCAAUUAGAAAAACAAAGAAACCUUAAAAACUACAAAGCA